AAAUUUCAGAUGUCUUAUUAAAGCUGAUAUGUACGGUACUAACAACAGAAGCAGAUGCCUCGCCUGAUGUAGAAAAAAGUUGAAAACAGUAGUCUUGUUACCAGUUUCUUAGAUGCAAGCUUCUGUUGUGAAUUGCACAAUACGAUUUUACCACAGUAACGAUACGUCGCAGGUUGAUGUCCCGAGAGUUGCUAAGGGAGCAGAAUUGUAUGAACAAGUAACUCGAGUGCUGCUGGUGAACGGUGAAUUCCCUGUAAAUGUGUUUGGCCUUGAAUUUGCAGACAAUAUAGUAGAGCAUCGUAAAUGGCUCGAUCUUAAUAAGCCUUUAAAACUCCAAAUACCUCCUCAUGUUACUUCGGUUACGUUCAAUUUCAAAAUUAGAUUCUUUGAGCUUGAGCCGCAUAAAAAGAUUGACGGGUUUACACGUCGUUUGUACAUUUCGCAGUUGACUGCAAUGCUGAAAGAUGGAUCAUUAAGACCACAGGUGAACGCAAAAGCGGAUUCUGUCUCCGAAAUUGGUGCUUACAUGCUCUUCAUCUGCAAUGGAAGGUUUUCUCAAAUUGAAGCUGAGCAAGGAGUCUACGCCAAAUACUUGAAGUCUUCGUUUCACCCGGACACCUUCGCUAAAUACCCCUCGUUUGUUCAGAAGAGCCUAGAAAUAUAUCGAAAUUUGCCGAAACUUCUGAGCGAGAAACCUGGAGCUGCAAAACGCAGCCUGGACGAAAUAGCCAAAGAUGUGUUUUUAGAAGCUGUGAGCAAAAUUGACAGAUUUGGGUACCAAUUUUACCAGGGAUCUCAAAUUUCAGAUUCCUCCGCAAUCGAAAUUGGUGUAUCUAUGGAAAAUAUAUCUAUUUUCCAAAAGGAAAAGAUUGUGCGCAACCUUCGAUGGCAGGAGAUUUUAAAACUGGCGUUCAAAAAUGAGCUUUUCACCAUCGAAAUUUACAAUGAGGAAACAAAUCAGAGUCGAAAUGCUGAACCUGAAACUUUGACUUUUAGUCUUAACCACUAUCGCACUGCCAAAGAAUUCUGGCAUACUUGUGUCGACCAUCACUCACUGUACCGUAGCGCACAAGGUGCUUCACCAGUUGGUACUCCGCCCCUAGACAGAGAUAAACAACUACCUAAACGAUCAUCAGAAUCAACGACUGGAGGUCAGACUAUUGGAAGGUCAUCGAACGACUUUCUUUCUAACGGUCAGCCUCCAUCGACCACUAACUUCAGCAACACGAAAACAGCGAGCUCUGCAAUGGGUGGUCAGACAUCCGAGGACCCCAGUGCAGCAACAGAGAGUAAAUCCUCUCAAGACAUGCACGUUGCGACUUUAGCUUACCUUGACCCUAAUUUUUCAGCGAAUCCUCCCCAUUUCAGACGGCAAAAUUUAGAAGUUGUUCCGAACGACCGAGGAAAGUUUGGGUUCUCUUUUGAUGGAGGUGACGGUAAAAGGGUAAUCAUCACCAAAAUUGAUCCCUCUGGAGCGGCGAGAAAAUGCGACCCGCCUCUAAAUGAAGGUGACGAGAUUCUUGAAAUUUUCAAUAAAAAUGCACAAAAGUUGUCUAGUGCUGAAAUAACCAACUUAAUCCGAGAAACAGGAGCGCAAUUUUCUAGCCUCCAGCUUACUGUAUUGACCCAAGUUCCUGAUGAAACUUCAUCACAAACCCCACUGGAAACUAGCAUAAACGAACUGAAAAGUCAAUUGCACUUACAAAGCAAUCUUGCCAAUGCGUUUCAUAAUUUAGAAAAGAAAAAGGUCUCUGCGACAUUCAAAUUUGCGGAGCGGAAUCCACCUCGGAAUCGGUAUAACGACGUUUGGCCUUACGAUGAUACGCGGGUUUCCUUGGUAUCCGAAAAUGACUACAUCAAUGCUAAUUUUGUCAAGGUCCAAAUCCCAGAUGGAAGUUGCUUGAAGUACAUAGCUGCACAGGGACCACUGGACCACACAGUGGAAGACUUCUGGAGGAUGAUUUAUGACCAAAAGAUUUCACAUGUCAUCAUGGUAACGGCACUGAAAGAAAGGGACAUCAGGAAGUGUGCAAAGUACUGGCCCGAAAUAAAUAACCCAACACCGACGGGCGGUAAUGAGUUCAUCAUCGACUGCACAUCGGAACAGCAAAACGACGAAGGUUUCACAACUCGCAAUUUGACUCUCAGGAAAGGUCGCGAAUCCACCGUAGUGCGCGAUGUAAUACAGUGCCAGUUUCACGACUGGCCAGAUCACGGGGUUCCGCAAGGCACUGGAAACUUCUUGAAAUUCAUCCAAAGAAUCCGAGAGUUUAGAAAAAGCAACCCGGCGGAGAACAUAUUGGUGCACUGCAGUGCCGGAAUCGGCAGAACUGGAGUGGUCAUUCUGACAGAAGCUAGUUUCAAACUGAUUGACUUGAAUGAACCACUACCACUGGUCCAGAUUCUGAAGGAAAUGCGCGCCUACCGUCCCCAACUUAUUCAAAACUGGGCUCAGUUCUCGUUCGUAUGCCGGGCAAUUUUAGCUUAUUAUGAAAUUAGACAGCGAAGAUCGACGUCAGUAUCUUCAGGCGUAGGCGUCAAUAGCAAGAAUAGCGUAGGUGUCAACCAAGUCCAGUAGAAUCCCUCUCCUAAAACCCCUUCCGUUAAUAAUUCUUUAUAAAUAAAUAAUUUAAUGCUGAAUUGGAGCGCGUUUUGUGAUGAUAAUAGUGAUAAUGCUGAUGUUUCUUGGUAUCGUCUUUUUCGUUAUUUCGAGAUGCUACAAAUUUUAUUGUCAAAUUUUUGUCGAUUUAUUGAAUGCUUUCAAUUUAAAUUGUCGGCGUUCGCUUUAAUUGAGAGAUCUUAAUAAUACCUUUCCUACUUGCUAUUUGAUUUUUUUUUUCAAAAAAAAGACGGAAAGUUAUUACCUUCACGAAGCAAAUCUGCCGAAUUUUAUUUUGCACAUUGGACCCAAAAUCGAAGAGAAAAUGAGCAACUCAUUUUCGUUCAGAGUGCUUUCAAUUUCAAUUCGAGCUCAAUUUUUAUACAUGCUUAGAGGCGUUUACUGAAAGUUAACUAAUACUAUUUCCAUCUCACGAAAACGUUUCAAACCCAUUAAAAAACACUUUAGACAAAAUUGGCCGGAUUCCUCUAAUUUUUAAAUGCAUUUCAAAUGCCAGCAGUCAACCGUUAAAGUACGAGCGAUCAUUAAGGUGAAUCAAGAUGUAAUUCAAGUAGCAACAAUGGUUGAAAGAGAUUGUUAGUAGGUGGGUUGAUGCAAAUGAAAGGGUUUGAAGCAGUUUUUGCAUGGCAGCAAGAAGCAGGAAACAGCAAUUGUAACAUGCCGUUUGAGCUGUGACGUGUGAUUAAGAAGCAGUGAUUGCAACAGAAAUUCUUCGGUUUGAUCGAGCUUUUCAACUAGAAUUGAGAACAAAGAUUAGUCCUAAUUCAAUUUUUCAAAUCCGUUU